UCUUUUAUUUGGUUGUUUCUCUGUUGUGUUGUUAUGGAAAGUAAUAAAAGGAAAAUGAAUUCGAACGUUCCGACUAAACAAUGCCAAUACGGAGCCGACUGCUAUCGAGUAAAUCCCGUACACUUCCGAGAAUAUUCCCAUCCACACAUUGAAAAUCUUCUUGCAAAAGCUUCUUCCUUGAAAGAUGUUAAAAUCCCCGACACUCUUAACAUUAACAAAAGCGUAUUCGAAGAGCAGUUGAAGAUUGUUUCAAAACUGUUUCCAAGUUUAAACAGUGAGGCAAAUCAUAAUCCGGAAAAGAAAGUGAAAAUGGAUGAUAGUAGGCCGUCACCAACGCCUUCAAACUUGUCCACAGCUAGUACAUCCUACGCAGAACCGAAAGCUUCUUCUUCUACUAGCUCGAGCAAGAAUUCUACCGAUGUCGUGUUCGCUGAAAGUCGUGCCAGUACAUCCAACGUAGAACCAAAAGCUUAUUCUUCUACUAGCACGGGUAAGAAUUCUAUCGAUGCACUGUUCGCAGAAAGACGGGCACGAAUGCAAGCUGCACAAAGGGAGAAGCCAACACCAGCAACCGUCCAACCUGUAGCUCCACAAAACGUAGCACAAUCGACCUCCAUCUCUAGCAACACCGGCAUUUCGUUACAACAAUCACUACCCAGGGAUAUUAACUCGUACUUUCCUGUCGUCGCUCCCCGGGGCCGAAUGGCGGAAAAGCUUGCUGCUGCGGCACCGUACAACUUCUUCCUCACCACUAUAACCGCCUCCAAGCCGACGCAUACGGAACCACUUUCAAUCACCUUUCAAGAACUGCUAGAUGCCAGUCUUGGACAGCUAGAGACGUCGGUGCAGAUGAAUUUUAUGGUGGACAUUGGGUGGCUGCUUGCGCACUAUUUCUUCGCCGGCUACGAAAACGUUCCGCUGCUCGUGCUAUACGGAGAUGAAACUCCCGAGCUGAAGAUGGUCAGCAAAAAGAAACCCAAUGUGACGGCGGUGAAGGUGGAUAUCAAGACACCUUUCGGAGUGCACCACACAAAGAUGGGCUUGUACGGCUACAAGGAUGGGUCGAUGCGAAUCGUCAUUUCAACGGCGAAUCUGUACGAGGACGAUUGGCACAAUCGAACGCAGGGUUUGUGGGUGAGCCCAAGGUUGCCGGGCGUCCCGGAAGGCUCCGAUACGAAUUAUGGGGAAAGUGUGACCGAUUUCAGGGCUAAUUUGCUAGCCUAUUUGGAAGCUUACAAGCUGCCCCAGCUGCAACCGUGGAUGGCCCGAAUAAGGAAGACUGAUUUUUCCGACAUCAAAGUAUGUCUUGUUGCAUCCGUACCUGGAGGUCAUGUGAACACACCCAAAGGCCCGCUAUGGGGUCACCCAAGAUUGGGGCAUCUUCUCGCGCAGCAUGCAGCACCUAUCGACGACACCUGUCCACUAGUGGCUCAAAGUUCUAGCAUCGGUAGCCUGGGCCCAUCCCCUGAGUCAUGGGUGUUGGCCGAAAUAAUGGCCAGCUUUCGGAGGGACAGCGCUCCCGUUGGAAUUCGCCGCCAGCCCGGCUUUCGCAUGAUCUAUCCAAGCUAUUCCAACGUCCGUCAAAGCCACGACGGUCUGCUUGGUGGCGGAUGCCUGCCGUACGUUAGAAACACACACGUUAAGCAGGAGUGGCUCAAAGAUUAUCUCCACCAGUGGUGCAGCCGAACGCGGCACCGGAACAAGGCAAUGCCACACAUCAAAACCUACUGCCGCUGGUCGCACCGUGGGUUGUACUGGUUUCUUUUGACGUCGGCAAACCUUUCAAAGUCGGCUUGGGGCGUUUAUAACAAAACGGGUAGGUUUGAGAAACCGCUUCGCAUCAACAGUUAUGAGAUCGGGGUACUUUUCCUUCCGAAGCUGAUGGUGGACGAAAACUUCUUCCCGAUGGAUGGGAACAAAAAGCAUCCACCGUUUCCGAUGCCCUACGACGUUCCGAUUGUUCCGUAUGCCCCGGAGGAUACACCAUUCCUGAUGGACUAUUUAACCCAGUGAAUUGUUUAGCUACUGGACUUGACCUACAAAGGCAUCUGAUUUAAUGUUAAUGUAAUUGGUAAUUUAAAAUACACAACGGAUAAAAGGAUAACAUUUUGCAUAGUAUAUCUUCCCUGUUCGUUUCGGAGGUAAUGAAGUUAAGAACUUUUUCGAACCGUUGAAACAUUUUCC